CGCGCACGGCGAAGGGGCGGGGCCGCGCGGAGUCAGCAGCGCAGCCAAGGAUGAGAAACUUGUCCCGGAUAUUUACCUAACUCUACCUGGCUCUUCCGACGCUCCCCGUUCCGAGGUAUUCACAGCGGACAGUCUGAUGAGCCGUCUCUGAAGCGGGAAAGACCGAGAAACUGUGAGCAAGACAGACCGGCCUGGAUCCAUUAACCGUUCACCUGGAAAUCCACACAGGACACAUGUCCCCUCUCAGUGACGAGCUGAGGGCAGGGUGUUUGUCUUGAGAGGGAGGCAGAGUUACCGUGGUAACAGACAUGCCAAAACCGGACCUGCUCUGCCUAGUUCAGCUACUGGACGGCACUAUCGAGACCUUCAGAGUCAGCAAGCAGGAUGAAGGUGUGGUUCUGUUGGACCUAGUAUGUGACCACCUGGGCCUGCAGGAGAGGCAGCUCUUCAGUCUGCAGAUCAGAGAAUCCAGCACAGCCAUCGCCUCUAUCACAGCCAACACACACUCUCCUAGGUGGUUGGAGCCUGAGAAACCCUUGAAGAAGCAGAUAAAAGGUCUCGCAUCGCCCUUUUAUCUGAACUUCAGAGUACGAUUCUUCAUCUCUGAUCCAAACUCUCUGCAGCAUGAACAGACAAGGCACCUGUACUUCCUCCAGAUCAGGAGUGACAUUAGAGAAGGACGGUUGCAGUGCCCACUAAGUGCAGCUGUAGUGUUGGCCUCUUACGCUGUGCAGUCUGAGAUGGGGGAUCACUGUCCGUCCUGGCCUCCUGGCUACCUCUCCAAGUGCCACUUUAUUCCAGAACAAGAUGAAGACUUUCUAAGUAAAGUGGAGGAUCUGCACCCACAGCACAAGGGGCUGAAGCAGAGCGAGGCAGAGUUGUGUUUCCUCAACACAGCACGGACACUGGAGCUGUACGGAGUGGAGCUGCACGCUGCCAUGGACAUCAACAAUGCCCCUCUGAUGGUGGGUUUGGCUUCAAGUGGUGUCGCAAUAUUCUGUAAUAUGAUUUGCUCCAGUUUCUUCCCCUGGGGGAACAUAAUCAAGAUUUCUUAUAAGAGGAAACGCUUCUUUAUACAUCUAAAGCGUAAACAUGGGGAGACCCAGGACUGUGAGGUGUCUCUGAUUCUGCCAUGCCCCAAAACCUGUAAGAACCUGUGGAGGUCCUGUGUGGAUCAUCACAUCUUCUUCUCCUCCAACCGGACCACCAGGAGCCCUAAACACAACAACAGCGCGCUUCAGUCCUACACGAAGCUGAUAACACAGCACCUGGGCCUCGGCAACAGUAAACCUGAGAGUGGCCCAGUGUGCCAGCGUGUGGUGGGAGGGAUGGUGUGGAACCCAGUCCUGCAGAGGUCAUUUUCAUCAGAGCAUCUCGAGACCAAGAGUCUGCCCUCCAGAUCGCCCCCAACCACCCCAAACUGGCGAAGUCCUCGAGUUCGGCACGGCGUCCGUAAACCCCGUCCGUCCUCAGUGGAGCUGACCAAUGAUCUGAAAGACAUGUCGGAGGGGGAGGACGUCUUCUACACUUACAGGGCGUCUGUGAGCAGCAGUAAGGACAGCGAGGGAGAUGCAUCACCACUUCGUCUUUCUGGCACUCACAACCAAGGAGCAGAUGAGGCUUUGUUCCAAGCUGAUGACAGCACAGGAGAGGAGGAAAGCUCCCACCACUACGACAAGGGUGCUCCUGGCGAUGGUGACUUGAUGCUAAUAUGUAUCACCCCUGAUCACGAGGGCAAGUUUGGGUUCAAUGUUAAAGGUGGGGUGGAUCAGAAGAUGCCUCUAGCCAUAUCACACGUUAAACCAGACUCUCCGGCAGGUCGGUGUGAGCCCAAACUCCUGGAGGGAGACCUGGUGGUCCUCAUCAAUGGUCGAGACAUUUCCGAACACACACAUGACCAAGUUGUCAUGUUCAUUCGAGCCAGCCGAGAGUCGCACUCCAGAGAGCUGGCCUUGCUCAUCAGACGUAAAGGUCCUGGACGGGUGGCACCCCUGCUGCAGUUACCUCCCGCCCUCACGCUCACCGGCCAAUCGCAGGGAGACAAACCGCAGUCACCUGGGCAGUCAGAGAGGGUCACGACGCUGGAGGAAUCGAUGAGACAGCUGGAGAGAGGGAUACAGUCUGGCACACUCUGUUUCCAUUUUGAGAAUUUAUACAGGAGGAAGCCUGGUUCAACACUGAACUGUGCUCGGCUCCCUGAGAACAUGGACAAGAAUCGAUACAAGGAUGUUUUGCCUUAUGAUGCGACCAGAGUGGUGCUCCAGGGCCAGGAGGACUACAUCAAUGCCAGCCACAUCACGGUGGCGCCCCCGGUGUCUGGUGUGUCUUUACGUUAUGUUGCAGCUCAGGGUCCAUUGCCACAGACCUGCACUCACUUUUGGCAGACUGUUUGGGAGCAACAGACACACACCAUCAUCAUGCUUACAACUCUCACAGAGAGGGGACGGACCAAGUGCCACCAGUACUGGCCGCAUCCACCGGAAGUGAAGGAUUAUGGGCACAUGCGAGUGAAGUGUCACUCGGAGGAGUGCAACCUGGCGUACGUGACGCGACAGUUCACUCUGACGCACACACAGCAAGGUGAGGAGCGUGCAGUCACACACCUGCAGUAUGUCGCGUGGCCGGACCACGGUGUACCUGAUGAUCCUUCAGACUUCCUGCUUUUCAUCAGCUCAGUUAGGGAGAGGAGGAAAGGCGAAGAGCCGCUAAUGGUACACUGCAGUGCUGGGAUUGGACGGACAGGUGUUCUGAUCACCAUGGAAACGGCGCUGACUCUGGUGGACGAGGGUAGGCCGGUGUUCCCGCUGGACAUCGUCAGAACACUGAGGGAUCAGCGAGCCAUGAUGGUUCAGACCACGUGUCAAUUCCAGUUUGUGUGUGAGGCCAUUCUGCAAGUCUACAAAGAGAAAAAGGGGGGAUCAACAGCACCUUAACUCAAAUCAGAAACAGGACCAGAACAGACACACUUAACCAUUUCAGCCUCAUCUCAUACAGGGCGACUUCCACAGAUGGACCUAACAGAGCUAUAACAGAUUAAUCUCUGUCAUGCCCAUGGGACUUGUACACAGACUGGAUAAUGAGAGUGUAACUAGCUUCAGAGCACAGCUGUCUGUGACCUGUGCUGCCUAGAUUCAAUGUGAGUAUAUGAAUCUUAAACCUAGUCGGCCUUAGUUUUUGCUUAUCAUGCAUUAAGCUUGUAGAGGCUGUGAUCUCCAUAGAGACUGAUGUAAAACUGAUGUGAGCUGCUAAUUUCUGUCCACGAGGCCACUCAGGAAUGAUGCCUCUACUUAUUAAGCUACCUGUGCCUUAGACUGACACCUCCCCAGUCGAUUGGAUCGAACGGGGCAGCAGAGCAGAGGCAGACCAGGACUGCCGUCGUAAUCUCUAGUCUUAUCUGUGCGUCCAAAGAGGAAGAGCAAGGCAGGCUUUAGAUCACUACAGCUGAUACUGUAAGGUCAUGGUGGUGCAGCGCCGUCCGCCAGAGGAGCACCAAACCCCACAUGUUCAUCACAUCUUAAAUUAUUAAGACACUAAAUAAACACACUGAUUUAUA